CUUCAUCGUCCUAAGAAAUGCACACCGCCAACCUGUGAAUCUCCCUACUUCACAAUAAAUUUUCAAGCCGUCAGAGGGCAUGACAGAUUCCUUGGAAUUAGAGGUUGAGAGACUGAAGAAGCCUGGAAAGGAUCAGACACUUGAGAAGACCCCGGCUGCGAGAUUUUUUUCUACCAAAAUGGCCGCCAACUCCACGUCUCCAGAAAGCCUUUACGAAGAUUACGAGGACUAUCCUGAUUUGGAGGAGAAUGCAAGCCUCCUCAACUCAAUGCACAUACUCUCCAUGGUGAUCUACAGCAUAGCCUUCUUGUUAGGGGUGACUGGAAACAGCUUGGUCAUUUUUAUCACUGGCUUCCAUAUGAAGAGAACCGUGAAUGCUGUCUGGUUCCUCAACUUGGCCAUUGCUGAUUUGGUCUUUACUUCCUUCCUCCCGUUGAGUGUGGCCUACAUAGCCCUGGGCUUCCAUUGGCCCUUUGGGAAGCUGCUGUGUAAACUCAUCAGCACGGUGGCCUUCCUCAACAUGUUCGCCAGCGUCUUCCUCCUCACCAUCAUCAGCAUGGACCGCUGUGUCUCUGUAAUGUGCCCCGUCUGGGCCCAGAACCAUCGGACACCUCAGCUGGCUUCUCUGGUGGCCCUGGGCAUUUGGAUAGCCGCCUUGGCCCUCAGUUCCCCUUAUUUUGUCUUCCGGGAUCUUAAAGGUUCUCCUGGGGAAGAGAACAUCACUCACUGUUACAACAACUUUGCCUUAUCAGACAGUUUCCAGUCAGAGGAGGUUGUUAAGCUGGGAGAGUAUCGUGCUCAAACCUUGGUGAUGACCCGUUUUGUGGCUGGAUUCUUAGUGCCGUUUGUCAUCAUUCUUUUUUGCUACGGCAUUAUCACAGUCAGGCUGAAGGGGACUCGGCUCACCCGCUCAACCAGGCCCUUCAAGAUCAUGGUGGCCGUGGUUGUGGCCUUCUUCAUCUGCUGGUUCCCUUAUCAUGUCUUUUCCUUCUUGGAGAUGUCCGCUGCCAGGGUAACACCUGGACUACAGACCUUUCUGAUGGUGGGAAUACCCUUGGCCUCAAGCUUGGCUUAUCUCAACAGUUGCCUGAACCCUUUCCUGUAUGUCUUCGUGGGACAGGACUUCAGGGAGAAGCUACGGACAUCUAUUUUGACUGCUCUUGAGAGUGCUUUCAAUGAGACCACAGGGCAGACCCUAACCAAGAGCAAAUCCAGUGUGGAGGUAGAGUGUCACUCUCUUUAAAGAAGAACUGGGGGAGAUUCCAAGCUUGUAGGGUCUCUCUAUCUCCCUGGUAGAUUUCGGGGAUCCACUAAUCAAAGAUAACUGUAUGAUCAUGGUUUUGGAUUGUGGCGUGCUUGCAAAAUGAAGGGAUUGUAACAUCCCGUUCUGAAUCUUGGCAGUUUUAUCUAAUAGGAGUUUUAGAUAUAUACUGAUAACAUUAAUCAUUCAUACCUACAGGAUGUAUACAUACAACACUAUACCAUGUAGCUACAAACAGCCGUGUCUAAGUAUAAGAUAGAUUUGUGUUAACUGAUUGAUUGAUAAAUUGAUUGAUUAUGUACCAUCAAGUUGGUGUCAUCUCCUAGCCAACACACAGAUAGAUCUUCUUUGUGAUGAUCUGUUCUGGUCCUUUAGGUCUUCCAACAGUGCACCCACCACCACUGAGUCCAUCUUCCUCACUGUGGGUCAUCUUCUGCUCUUUCCUUCCACAUUGCUCAGCAUCAUGGACUUCUCAAAGGAGUUAGCUUUUUGCAUGAUUAUUGUAAAAUGCAAUAAUUUCAGCCUGCUUAUUUAUGUCUUGAAUGAGAACUCUGGGCUGAUUUGUUCUGAGGAUUCUUUUUUUUUGUUUUCUUGGCUAUCCAUGAUAUUCUCAGUCGUCUUCUCCAACACCAAAGUUCAAAAGAUAGUUCUCUUCUUCCCAUCCUCUUUCUUCAAAUGCCAUUGUUCACUUCCAUAGAGUGUCACAGGGAAAACACUCCCAGCAUCAUUUUGACCUUUGUAUUGAUAUAUACAUCAUGGCAUCUGAAUAUCUUUUGCAAAGAUUUCCUUGCUAAUGUCAUGGUUCCAAAAGAUGAAACUCUUCAAAGAACUUUGAGGCAUUGUUUACCUUAAAGAAUCUUUAAUCGAGCAGCAAAGCUUCGGCAUGUACACAAUGGAAGUCAAAAUCUGACUUCCCCUCCCUUCAACACAUAGAUCAAAGCACAAUUCCCUUCUACAACUAACCAUCAUAAAUCACAUUCUCCAAUUAGUUUGAAAUGCUGGCUUUCUGCCCAGUUUGUAUUCCGCCAUGCUUUAUCAGCUCUUAUUACAAUAUUGUAUAUCUAACUAACUCCCAUCACAUUCCUCCCCCUCCCCCAGUAUCAUCUAAUUCUAAGAGUACAGUAUAAGAAAGAAAAAGGCUGCAUCUCCAUCUGUUGUCAAAGCAAGAACAUCCAACGUUUGUAGCGUUGACAACUACCUUACCAAAUGCUUGUUUGCGAUUGUGUUUCUUGACUUCUGACUCUUUUGCUAAUGUGAGUUGAUUUUGAAACGUAAAAAGGAUCCAUAACUUCAGUACCUUCCUUGUUAAUUGCAAGGCUUGUUGUUGUAUCUAUUGUUAUCUCAAAGGUGCUUUUCCAAAAGGCAACUGGACUGGUUUUUUUCUUGAGGAAGAUGUUUUGCUUCUCAAACUAGAAGCUUCUUCAUUUCCGACUCAGGAAGCUUCUGGGAUGGUGAAACAUCUCCCUCAAGGAAAAACAGUCCAACUGCCUUUUGAAAAAGCACCUUUAAGAUAACCAUGACCUGGAUGACUGAGAAUCUCCAUAGACUUGUAUCUAUUGUUUUUAGUUCAGUUUUCUUUCUAUUUAAUCUUGGCCUCAACCUGUGCUCCUUGACUUUUAUUACAAGAGCUUGCAGAUCAUAUGGGUUCUCCGUUAUCAGAGUAAGGCCAUCAGCACAGUGCAAAUUGUUGUUGAUUCUAAAGUUUUAAAACCACCCUCAUCUUCUUCCAGAAAAGCCACCUUCAAUAUAUAUAUAGUAUGUACUUUGAAUAAAUAAGGAUGGAAUAUAAAGUCUUGUCUCCUUUACUUACU